CUGUGGAUCCUGAGCGGCUCCUGGCUGGGAAAGAGGGCGAGUGGGCGGCUCAGGACUCUGCACGCUGGGCUGCGACAAGUGAGCCGAACUCGACUUCUCCCAAGUCACCUGCGCGGGUGAACUCUAAGCCGGGCGCCUGGGUUGACGCUGAAUCUCUUUCUCCAGCCGAGGAGUUCACAGGCGGCUGGCUUUCUGUCUUUGCUAGGAAAGAUGCCUGGGAGGGGAGUAGGAUUACAGGCUGGGAUGCUAGGUGCACAGCAGAGAGUCGGAGUGCUUUGGUUCUGUUCUCCCCAAAGUCCUGACAAGUGUUCCUGAAAUGAACACCCUGCUUGAUUUUUAAAUUUUUUUUUGCUUUUAAUUUAUUUUAAUUUUAUUGUGGUGUGUGGCUAUCACUGAUCUAGAAACCAAGUAGCACAAUGUGGCUGGAGUAAAAAAAAAAAUUGUUUUUUUAACCCUUCAUUUUCCUUUUCUUUGUCAUUGAGUGACAGACACACAAUCUUUUUGCAUAAAGCCGCCCGUGCCUGACUCUCACCGUUGUCUGAAUAAGUGGGAAGGAGCAGGCUUAUGGAAAGGACCCGGACCAAUUUUUAAAAAAGAAGCUUUUUGUCUGCUGGGCUGUCCUUUGUCUAGAGUGGAUUUUGAUGUGAAAGAAGAUGAAAAAGGAAGGCUCUUCAGGUUCCUUCAGACUCAAGUCAAACCCAGGCUCCCUCUCACGUGCUGUGAGUUGGAUAAAUUUCUCCUCCCUGUCCAGGCAGACAAAGAGGCUGUUUCGCAGUGACGGGGAGCUCUCCGUGUGUGGGCAGCAGGUGGAGGCGGAUGAUGAGAACUGGAUAUACAGAGCCCAGCCCAGGAAAGCGGUUUCCAACCUAGAUGAGGAGAACAGAUGGACAGUCCACUACACUGCUCCCUGGCACCAGCAAGAGAACGUGUUCCUUCCCACCACGAGGCCCCCCUGCGUGGAAGACCUGCACCGCCAAGCCAAGCUCAACCUCAAAUCAGUGCUGAGGGAGUGUGAUCAGCUGCGGCGGGAUGGCCACCGGAGCUCUCAGUACUACUCCCAGGGACCCACCUUCGCCAGCUCCGGUCCACCCAGCGAUGAGUAUCCAGACGAGGAUGAUGAAACAGAUCAGAAGGGUUCUAUCUCCUCCUUGGAAGAGGAAAGACAUAUUUCCAUCAGGAGACCUAAAACGCCAACCUCAAGUGACUUCCCUGACCUUAAUACUCAGACGAACUGGGCCCAGUCUCUUCCCUUGCCAACACCAGAAGAGAAGAUGCGACUGCACGCCCAGACAGUCCAGGCUGAUGUGGUUCCUAUUAACAUAACCGGGGAGAAUUUCGAUCGUCAGGCCAGCCUACGGCGGUCUCUAAUUUACACAGACACUCUGGUAAGACGACCGAAGAAAGUCAAAAGGAGAAAGACUAUUACAGGAGUCCCUGACAACAUACAGAAGGAGCUAGCCUCUGGCACCAGCCAGGAUGGUGUUGGUGGUCACUCGGUGUACAGCCCGGACCACUGCUCCACACUAGGAAGGCUUGGUGGCUGCCGGUUUGCGGGACAGCGCUCGGAAACCCGGGACUCCAGCUGUCAGACGGAGGAGGUGAAGGUCGUGCCGCCUUCCAUGCGGAGAAUUAGGGCCCAGAAGGGGCAGGGCAUCGCCGCCCAGAUGAGCCACUUCUCAGGCUCCUCUGGGAACAUGUCCGUGCUGAGCGAUUCUGCAGGCAUCGUGUUCCCCUCUCGCCUCAACACCGAUGCGGGUUUCCACAGCCUCCCCCGAUCCGGAGCGAGGGCCAGCAUUCAGUCCCUGGAGCCCCGGCCGGGCGCCCCGGGCCCUGCGCAAGACCUGGAUGGCACGUUCCAAAACCCAGGGCAGUUAGGAGGUGCCUCAAGGACCGGAACGCUUUUUAGGCCCAAAUCUCAGGAGCUGAGGCGCUUUGAGAGUGAAAACAGAGCAAGCCCAGCGUGCGUGGUGUCUCCCCACGGGACGUACAGCACCAGCGUCAUCCCCAAUGCCACCCUCUCCUCCUCCUCAGAGGUUAUUGCUAUUCAGACUGCUCAGAUUUUGGGGCAGCUGGACAAUAGAAUGACCAGCUCCUCUUCCCACACAAAGGUGAGAUCCAGAGACCACCUGCUGCCCAGGCACUCUGGUGAAGGUGACCGCCGGUCUCCGGGUGGUUCCUGGAGUGAGGGCCCCUCCACCAUCGUCUCGCAGGCUUUCGACCCCCACCCGCCCAGGGCAGCCACGCUCCUGGCCCUCUGUGACUCGGCAGUCUCCCUCAACACCCCAGCAAACCUGGAGAACGGGUCCCAAGCCAUGGCCUAUACCUGUAGAAGGAACCCGAACUUCCCAGCCCUCCCCCAGGACGUGGACGGCCAGAGCGAGCCCAGUUACUCGGGAGGCGGGGGGCAUGUCGGCGGGGAGCCCUGGGAAUACAGUGCCUCGGGGAGCGGGCGGGCAUCCCCCCUGAAACCUCACAUGGCGACUCCUGGUUGCUCCACUCCUGGAAGUAACAUGAGCAGCUGCAGUUUGGACCACACGUGCCACAGAGAGGGCGCCAGGUCCCUGUAUUCAGAGGACCACGAUGGCUACUGCGCAUCUGUGCACCCCGAUGCUGGGCCCGGGAGUCUGUGCAGCAGCAACAGCAGCAAUGGCUUUGGGAACCCCCGGCACAGUGUGGUCAAUGUUUUUGAUGGAAGGGCUCCGAAGAACCAGGGGGACAAAUCCCAUUCUCGAAACAUCUCCUUGAAGAAGGCAAAGAAGCCGCCCCUGCCCCCCUCUCGGACGGACUCGCUGCGCAGGGUCCCCAAGAAGAACGGCCAGGCCAACGGGCAGGUGCUCAACGAGAGCCUGAUCGCCUCGCUCCAGCACUCGCUGCAGCUGAGCCUCCGGGCCCUGCCCGGCGGCUCCGUCAAACCAAAGACCACGUCGCCCGAGAAGGCCCACCGAGUCACCUCCCCAUCCAGCGGGUAUUCCAGCCAGUCCAACACGCCCACCGCGCUCACCCCCGUGCCUGUGUUUUUAAAGUCCAUGUCGCCAGCCAAUGGGAAGGGCAAGCCCAAGCCCAAGGUUCCGGAGAGGAAGUCCUCCCUGGUGUCUUCGCUCUCCAUCUCCUCGUCGUCCACGUCCCUGUCCUCUAAUACGUCCACGGAGGGAGGCGGGACGGUGAAGAGGCUGGACUCGGCGCCGGCCUCUCUGCCUGCUGCCCCUUCUCUUCCCUCUCCUUCCUCUCCAUGUCCUGCGGACAAGUCUCCUUUCCUCCCUCCUCCGCCGCCUUCAGCAGACUCCCCCGAGGGCCCUCUGCCUCGGUCUCCCCUGUUCCCCCCUCCACCCCCAGAGGUUCUCUCUCCCUUCUGUUCUCCAGAUGCAGGCUUUCCUCCUCCCGCCACCGCCCGGAGCCCCCUUCUGGGCUCACCUGCCCCGGUGCUACCCCCUCCACCGUCUUUACCCUCCUCGGUCCCUCCUCCUGCCCCGCCACUCGACCCCAAAUUGAUGAAAGAUGCCAGGCCUUCAUUCAAAAAAUCUAGCCAGCCAACCUCCCCCCAGGAGGCCUGCAGACCCCCGGGGACCACAGAGGAGGGCGGCAGGCCUCCCCUGCCCCUGAUCACCGCCGAGGCCCUGCAGACGGUGCAGCUCAGGCCGGUGAGAAGGAACUCAGGAACCCAGGGAGCACCGCUAUCUGAACCAGCAUCUCAGGAAAAACGAACUCCGCCGGUGCCCCAGUAUCAUUUAAAGCCAUCUGCCUUGCUGAAAUCCCGAAAUAGCAUAAAUGAAAUGGAGAGUGAAAGCCAGCCUGCCUCCGUGACAAGCCCGCUUCCGACUCCUGCCAAGAUCAUGAGUCAGGGUCACCGGGACGGUGCAGCCGAGCGUGGCCGCCGGAGCCGCAGCCCGGGCAGUGCCGGGGAGGCAGAGGCCGGGCCGGUCCCCGGGGCCGCCCCGCUCCAGAGGGCACCCGGACCUUCGCCCAGCAAGAAGCCACCCCCCAUUUCGAAGAAGCCCAAACUGUUCCUGGUGGUGCCACCUCCGCAGAGAGAUUGCACAGUGGAGCCAGCAGAGAACGUGAGUGGAGCGGCGCCCAGCCCCACGAGGGGAGAGGCCAACGAGACUGGUGCAGCCCCGGCUGGUUCUGAUGAGACCGACUCCUCCGGCAGCUCGGUUCUUGAGGGAGGAGCUGCAGGACCCACGUCCCCAGGCAGAAGGGAAGCCAAUGCCUCCAUGGUGCAGCCCAGUGCCUCGCCAGCCCCCAGGCAGGAGGAGCCAGGCACCGAGAACAGCGUGGACCACGGGGGCCAUGAGGAGGAGAGCUGCCCGGCUCUGCAGGACCCAGGGCCUCGGGUGCCGGAGUCCGGCGCGGCUGGCUCUUCCCCAGAGGUCUUUGACUUCCUUAAGGAAGAAGGGAGUGAUGAGGUGAUGACCCCCAGUAGACCCCGGACCACAGAAGACCUCUUCGCAGCUAUUCACAGAUCCAAGAGGAAAGUCCUUGGCCGUAAAGAUUCAGAGGACGACCACACCAGAAACCAUUCUCCCUCCCCGCCAGUGACGCCCACCGGUGCUGCCCCCAGCCUGGCCUCCCCAAAGCAGGUGGGAUCGAUCCAGAGAAGUGUCCGCAAGAGCAGCACCAGCAGUGACAACUUCAAAGCUCUGCUGCUGAAAAAGGGGAGUCGGUCAGACACCAGUGCCCGCAUGUCCGCCGCCGAGAUGCUCAAGAACACAGACCCUAGGUUCCAGAGGUCAAGGUCGGAGCCCGCGCCAGACGCUCCCGACAGCCCGUCCAGCUGUUCCCCGAGCAAGAACAGAAGGGCCCAGGAGGAGUGGGCCAGGAACGAAGGCUUGAUGCCUCGGAGUCUGUCCUUUUCCGGCCCCAGGUACGGCCGCAGUCGAACCCCACCUUCCGCAGCCAGCAGCAGGUACAGCCUGCGGAACCGGAUCCAGAGCAGCCCCAUGACCGUCAUCUCGGAAGGCGAAGGGGAGGCCACGGAGCCCGUGGACACCAGGGCUCGCCGUGUCCUGGGCGCUGCAAGGGGCUGUUCCCUGGACGGACUGGUCGGGGAUGACAUGGAUAGGGGCAGCCUGCCAUGUGGCCCCACAGAUGGGACAACCAGUGCCCAGGGCAGGGGCCCGUCGGAACAGUGCGGGGGUCCUCUGAGGGAAGCAAGUUAGGGGCAAGGAUGGGAUCUCCCAGGUGACGUGCGGGAGAUGCACAACCCAUCGCUCUAGGGAGCCUGAGGAACCCUUCCCUGUCUGCCCAGGGAUCCCGCCCUGGUGUGUGCUGUGGACCCGGGCACUGCCAUGCCGGCAGUGGAUGCGGGUCACUUGGACUCACUUGGCACUCGCCCUGUGGCUUAAAAGCAAGUAGAAGCUUAACUUCUGAAAGUGCUUCCUGGGGAAGAUCUUUUUUUUGUUGUUGUUAAACGUUGGGUGUGUGUGAAUAGGUGUGUAUGUGUGCAUUUUGAGCA